AUGUUUAGAUCUCCCAAUGUCUAUGAAGAAUAUCUUAAUGUUCUUUAUAAUUAUCUAAGACCAGGUGCUACAGGUGCCUUAAAAGGAAACAUCGAGAAAAUUAUUAGUGUUCUUGAAGAUCUACGGGGAUAUAAAUUCAAUAUUUCUCCAUGGAAAUUCUAUUAUGAUUUGUUCAUGUCUGAUGACCCAGAAUUAGAAAGCUUCAAGACCGAACUAAUAAAAGAGUACCAAAAAAGAACCGGAAAAGCAAUUCCUGCAUCAAAGUUAACACUUGCACGAGAAAUUUGGAAAAUGAUUGUAGCUGAAGAGCUAACCAAUAAAGAAUUCUUUUUGUAUUCACCAACAGAUGAUCCCAUUCCUGAUGAAACAGAUGAAUGCAGAUACCGAGAAUGA